AGCGUCUGUCCCUACUGCAGAGCCGCCGCCGGAGGAGAGAUUUAAAGGGCCCGCGCGUCGCCGCCCCCUCGGCCCGCCAUGCUGCUACCCGUGCCGCUGCUGCUCGGCCUCUUCGGCCUGGCCGCUGCCGAACCCGCCAUCUACUUCAAGGAGCAGUUUCUGGACGGAGACGGGUGGACCGACCGCUGGAUCGAAUCCAAACACAAGUCAGAUUUUGGUAAAUUCGUUCUCAGUUCCGGCAAGUUCUACGGUGACCAGGAGAAGGAUAAAGGGCUGCAGACAAGCCAGGAUGCCCGCUUUUACGCUUUGUCGGCCAGAUUUGAGCCCUUCAGCAACAAGGGCCAGACACUGGUGGUGCAGUUCACCGUGAAACACGAGCAGAACAUCGACUGUGGGGGCGGCUACGUGAAGCUCUUUCCAGAUGGUCUGGACCAGACCGACAUGCACGGAGACUCUGAAUACAACAUCAUGUUCGGCCCCGAUAUCUGUGGCCCCGGCACCAAGAAGGUUCACGUCAUCUUCAACUACAAGGGCAAGAACGUGCUGAUCAACAAGGACAUCCGUUGCAAGGAUGAUGAAUUCACACACCUGUAUACCCUGAUUGUCCGGCCGGAUAACACCUAUGAGGUGAAGAUUGACAACAGCCAGGUGGAAUCAGGCUCCUUGGAGGAUGAUUGGGACUUCCUCCCUCCCAAGAAGAUAAAGGAUCCUGAUGCUUCGAAGCCUGAAGACUGGGAUGAGCGGGCCAAGAUUGAUGACCCCACAGACUCUAAGCCUGAGGACUGGGACAAGCCCGAGCACAUCCCUGACCCUGAUGCGAAAAAGCCAGAGGACUGGGAUGAAGAGAUGGACGGAGAGUGGGAACCACCUGUGAUUCAGAACCCUGAGUAUAAGGGCGAAUGGAAGCCCCGGCAGAUCGACAACCCGGAUUACAAGGGCACUUGGAUCCACCCAGAGAUUGACAACCCUGAGUACUCCCCUGAUGGCAACAUCUAUGCCUAUGAAAACUUUGCUGUUCUGGGCUUAGAUCUCUGGCAGGUCAAGUCUGGCACCAUCUUCGACAACUUCCUCAUCACCAACGACGAGGCCUACGCGGAGGAGUUUGGAAACGAGACCUGGGGUGUCACGAAGGCGGCUGAGAAGCAGAUGAAGGACAAGCAGGACGAAGAGCAGAGGCUAAAGGAGGAGGAGGAGGACAAGAAGCGCAAGGACGAGGAGGAGGCGGACAAGGACGAGGACGAGGACGAGGAGGACGACAAGGAGGAGGAGGAGGAGGACGCCGCCGCCGGCGGCCAGGCCAAGGAUGAGCUGUAGGGGCCGUGCCGCCGCCUCCGGGGCUGGACUGAGGCCUGAGCGCUCCCGCCGCAGAGCCGGCUGCGCCACAUAAUGUCUCUAUGAGACUGGAGAACUUUUCAUUUUUUUUUUUUUUUUCCCCCAGGGGGGUUUUAUCUGGGGGGGAUUUUGGUUUUGUUUCCUUCCCUCUUUUUUUUUUUUUCCCCCUUCUAAACUGGUGUUUUGUCUUCA